ACAAAAAAUUGUGGAAUAAAAUAUAAAAUGAAGAAUACUCGCACGAAUUUUCAAAUAUACAGAUUUAAAUAUUUUACUAAAACCUCAACAUCGAUACUAAUCAAAACAGUACUUGAGUUUUAAAAAAAUGAAUACGUUAAUCUCUUUAAUGGCUGUUAUAUUUCUAUGUUUUUCAUUAACAACUGCUAUACCAAUAUGUACGAGUGAUAAACGUGUUGAUGUAGUAGAUGUACCAUUAUGUUUGAAUGAUAAGUGUGUUGAUGUAGUAGAAGGAGCAUUAACUCCAGUGAGAAGACAAAAGAUUAAAGAUAUACCAAUAUGUUCGAAUGAUAAACGUGGUGAUCUAUUAGAAGUACCAUUAUGUUUGAAUGAUAAGUGUGUUGAUGUAAUAGAUGGAGCAUUAAAUCCAGUGAGAAGACAAAAGAUUAAAGAUAUACCAGUAUGUUCGAAUGAUAAACGUGGUGAUCUAUUAGAAGUACCAUUAUGUUUGAAUGAUAAGUGUGUUGAUGUAAUAGAUGGAGCAUUAACUCCAGUGAGAAGACAAAAGAUUAAAGAUAUACCAAUAUGUUCGAAUGAUAAACGUGGUGAUCUAUUAGAAGUACCAUUAUGUUUGAAUUAUAAGUGUGUUGAUGUAAUAGAUGGAGCAUUAACUCCAGUGAGAAGACAAAAGAUUAAAGGCGAAAAAAAGAGUUUAAAUAGUGUCAGUGAACCAAUUGUAAAAAAUAACAAUUUUACUUCAAUAUUAAUUAAAGAAGAAUGAAGCAAAUGUUCAUUCAAAUGUUGAUGUAACUUUGUUAGAUAAUUAAGUUGUAAAAUUAAAUUAUAAAAAUGGAAUUAUCGUAAA